AAACCUGAAAGCGGAGGUAGGUACUAGUAUAUGAUAAACAAUGUGUACUACAUACUAAAGGAAAACCACUCUGCAGUACACUUAUCAAAAUGCCAAAAUACAGACUUGUCUACUUUAAUGCGAGGGGGAGGGCCGAAACCCCUAGGAUACUAUUUGCACUUGCGGGUGAAGAGUACGAAGACGUCAGGCUCUUUCCAGAUCUACCAUGGCCAAGUCAGGAAGGGAAGGACAAAUGGCUGGAAACUAAAUCAGAAUUAGGCCUGCCAUUCGGCCAAGUACCUGUUCUGGAUGUGGAUGGGAAAAGAUUAUGUCAAAGUAACGUCAUUGCCAAAUAUUUAGCAAGGCAAUUUGGGUAUGCCGGCAAAGGUGAUUGGGAAGAAGCCAGAGCAGAAAUGAUAUCUGCCUGCGUGUACGACGCAUUCGAAAAAGGGAGACCGUGUUUUAUGGAACAAGAUCCGAUUAAAAAGGCUGAGCUACUGGAAAAGUUUUUGAAAGAUUCCAAAGAAAUGAUGGACAAUUUUAGACAGAUCCUGGAAGAGAAUGACGGGGGAUCAGGAUUCUUCGUUGGGGACGGGAUCACAUGGGCAGACAUUAACUUUGCUGUGAGGAUUGAUCAAAUUUUCGACAGAAUUGGAGAAAAUGCAGACACAUUCUUGAAGGAUUGGCCGAAACUGCUUGCACUUAAACAGCGCGUGGAAAAAUAUCCGAAAAUUGCCGAGUGGAUUGAGAAAAGACCAAAGACAACGUGGUGA